UGAGGGGAAACAGAGUUUUUAGUGUAAUGAAAGUAUUACGUCUAGGGGAAAUCGAAGAAAUUUAAUUUAUAACAGCUUUUAAAUUAUCCUUGAAUAAAGAUAUGUAUGCUUUUAGGAGUGAAUAUGAUCGUGGAGUUAAUACAUUUUCUCCUGAAGGACGACUUUUCCAGGUAGAGUACGCAAUGGCUGCUAUGAAGUUGGGUUCUACAGCAGUUGGGAUAAAGACAGAAGAGGGUGUUGUACUUGCAAGUGAACGACGUAUCACAUCGACUUUAUUAGAACCCAGCUCAGUUGAGAAGAUUAUGGAUAUAGAUACUCAUGUUGGUUGCUGUAUGAGUGGUCUGGUUGCAGAUGCAAAAACUAUGAUUGAUCAUGCCAGAGUGGAAGCUCAAAACUACUUCUUUACAUAUGAUGAGCAGAUGCCAGUAGAAUCUGUAGUACAAACAAUUAGUGACUUAGCAUUAGAUUUUUCAGAUAUCAAAGAAAAGGGCAAGAAGAAGACUAUGUCUCGACCUUUUGGUGUAGCCUUAAUUAUAGCAGGUGCAGAUAAGGAUGGAAAAUCAACUCUUUGGGUAACAGAUCCAUCUGGCACAUAUACUCAAUUUACUGCUGCAUCAAUUGGGACAGCUCAAGAAGGUGCUGAGUCUAUGCUGAUUGAACAAUACCAUUCAAAUAUGACUUUAAAAGAGGCAGAAAAUUUAGCUCUCAUAGUUUUAAGACAAGUAAUGGAGGACAAAAUUAACUCUACAAAUGUUGAGAUGGCUUCUGUUACUAAUGGUAAAUUUAAUAUUUACAGGGAUACUAGUAUACAAGAAAUUUUAGAUAGACUUCCUCCCCCUACUCAUAUAACUCCAGCUCAGUUGUCUUAACUUAUAUGGAUUAUUAGAAAUGAAACUUAUGAAGAAUAAGGGAAUGAUUAAAUUUGAUAGAGAUAAAACAAGCCUGAUUUUAGCUAAAAUAAAUAAUUUUAUAGUC